GAAACAAGACAAAGCAACGAUAUGCCAGAAGGUAAAAGGCAGAAGUGCACACAAAAAGCAACCCUCCUCAUCAUUGUUUUCAUAUUCAAGAAGAAUUUGCUUCUUCUGGGUCUGAAAACGUGUGAACCAGGAUUUGAAUCAAUUCCAAAACUUCCCAUUUUUCAAUAACUUUUGCCAACCCAACCCAACCCAACCCCUCUCUCUCUCUCUUUCUAAAUCCAAAUCCACUAUCUUAACAAGUGGUAACCACUGAACACCAUUAUUUGCCUUUUUGGUUAUUAUCCAAAAAUAAAAAAAUAAAAAAAAACUUGCCCGUUUUCACAUUCUAUCAGAUUUCUUUUAUAGCUGUCUAUAAAUAUUACAAAAUCGCUCUCUAACUCCUCCUCCAUCCUCACAAACUCUCUCUCUCUUUCUCUCUUUCUCUCUUUCUCUUUGUCUCUCCUUUCUUUUUCAAAUAAUUUUCUGUUUUCUGUAAUCAAAAGCUCAUUUGCUUUAUCUUUCAUUGAAUAAGGAUUUGGAAAAAAAAAAAAAAAAAAAACCAUGAUGUGGGGAAAAGGCAUUGCUUUAUUUAUAAUAUUGGCGAUGGUGGUUUUUGGGUUCCAGAAUUGUUUAUCACAGACUAUAAACAGAGGUAGUUUUCCAAAGGGAUUUGUUUUUGGGACUGCCUCCUCUGCUUUCCAGUAUGAAGGAGCAGUGAAAGAAGAUGGAAGGGGACCAUCUGUUUGGGACACUUUUUCACAUCAAUUUGGUAAGAUAGCUGAUUUCAGUAAUGCAGAUGUUGCUGUGGAUCAAUUCCACCUUUAUGAAAGUGAUAUACAACUUAUGAAGGACAUGGGAAUGGAUGCUUAUAGGUUUUCAAUAUCUUGGUCUAGGAUUUUUCCCAAUGGAAGUGGGGAAAUCAAUCAAGCAGGAGUUGAUCAUUACAAUAAAUUGAUCAAUGCAUUACUAGCCAAAGGAAUUGAACCAUAUGUUACAAUUUACCAUUGGGACCUUCCUCAAGCCUUGGAAGACAAAUACAAAGGAUGGCUUGACCCACGGAUAAUAAAGGACUUUGCAACGUUUGCGGAGACGUGCUUUCAGAAAUUUGGUGACAGGGUGAAGCACUGGAUCACAUUCAAUGAGCCGCAUACAUUUUCUAUACAAGGAUAUGAUGUGGGUCUCCAGGCACCAGGACGGUGUUCUAUCAUACUCCGCCUAUUCUGUAGAGCAGGAAACUCUGCAACUGAGCCUUACAUUGUUGCUCACCAUGUCCUCCUUUCUCAUGCAACCACGGUAGAUAUUUACAGGAGAAAAUACAAGUCAAAACAGCAAGGAUCCGUUGGGUUGUCAUUUGAUGUUAUGUGGUUUGAACCAAAAACAAACUCCACCGAAGAUAUUGAAGCUGCUCAAAGAGCCCAAGAUUUUCAGCUAGGAUGGUUUCUUGAUCCUUUGAUGUUGGGGGAUUAUCCAAGUUCAAUGAGAACUAGAGUAGGAAAACGGUUGCCAACCUUUACAAGAUCUCAGGCUAGCCUACUCAAGGGGUCUCUGGAUUUUGUGGGAAUUAAUCACUAUACUACCUAUUAUGCUUCUCCCAAUAGAACUAGUUUAAUUGGAAAUUUACUCAAUGACUCCCUUGCAGAUUCUGGAGCUGUUACCCUUCCAUUCAAAAAUUUGCAACCAAUUGGAGACAGGGCAAAUUCUAUAUGGUUGUAUAUAGUACCUGAGGGGAUGAGAAAAUUAAUGAACUACAUCAAGCACAAGUAUGGCAACCCUCCAGUCAUGAUCACUGAGAAUGGGAUGGAUGACCCAAAUAACAAACUGAUUCCCAUCAAGGAUGCUCUAAAGGAUGAGAAAAGGAUCAAAUACCACAAUGACUAUCUAACAAACUUGCUGGCUUCUAUCAAAGAAGAUGGUUGCAAUGUGAAAGGAUAUUUUGCCUGGUCUCUACUGGAUAAUUGGGAGUGGGGUGCAGGAUAUACUUCAAGGUUUGGUCUUUAUUUUGUUGAUUAUGAUGACAAUCUCAAGAGAUAUGCAAAGGACUCGGUUCAAUGGUUCAAGAAGUUCUUGACUUCUGCCUAAAAAAGUGAUGGUACUGCAAUUUUAUUCUUCACACAUACACAUUUUCAAAUUCACAAGGAUGUCUCAACACAUGUUCUUAAAAGAAAAAAAAAGGAAAGAAAUUGUAGAAAAAUGUUACGAAUGAAUUGUAUUUUUUAAUUUGUCGAUUGUGGUUUUCUGUAUCAAAUAGUUUGCAGAAGUAAAUAACAUGUGAAAAAUGAAAAUGAAAUAUAAGUUGCAAUUUGCAUUCA